GAUAACAAGGCAGGCGGUACUUCCAGGAACACAUUCAAGAUGGUUUUCAUUCUCGGAGUCAACUUCCCUGAACGGAAUCUUGUCAAGAAAUCACUCGAGUCUUUCUUCGGAAUCGGGCACAAUGUCUCAUCGCGUCUCCUAGCCCGUUUCCACAUUCAACCAUCUGCCAAGAUCGGCGAGCUCGCGAACCAGCAAGUCCUCGACAUAACCGCCGCAUUGUCCGAAAUGAAGAUUGAAAACGACUUGCGCCGACAAGUUCUCGAUAAUAUCAAGCGUCUAAGGGACACCGGUACAUACCGUGGGCGCAGACAUGCUCUUGGGUUACCCGUUAGAGGGCAAAAUACACGGAACCAGGUUAAAACAGCACAGAGACUCAAUAAGGUGGAAAGAAGACUGUGAUUUACACCUUUUUAUGUUGGAUAUCGGCGGCUUUUAAGGACUUUAUACAUGGAGCAUCGGCCUGGCGUUUUCCUCUCUUCUAUUGAUUUCAGUUUCUGUAAAAUACUUGUUCUACGUUUUUGAGGAUAUCCGUCAUAUUUUCACAUGAUAUAAUAGGAC